AUGCCUCGUGAUUUACCGUCAUCUGUUGGUUGUGAACUGAAACGAGGGCCGAGGCGACCCCAAACGACCUUUCGAGACUCAGAACAAGACACGGAGACCCUCCCCUCCUAUUUUAUGUCUCGGGUAUCUCAAGUGAGCCCCAGGGUUCCAUGUCCUCCUGCUUCAGCCGUAGAGACGCACUCGCGCACUGUAUCCCCAGACAAUACCUGUGGGAAAAGUGGAACUGGUGGGGGUGCAGACGGUUAUACAUGCCCAUCUACCCUCCCAUGUUGUUCGGUCAAUGGGUUUUGCGGGUCCACGAAUGAAUACUGUUUAACUACUUCUGGCUGUCAGUCUGCCUUUGGAAACUGCACAGCACCCUCGGUUGGAACAAUCAGCCCUGACGAGACCUGCGGGAUCACCGGUGCUGGCACUGUGGGGUACACUUGUGGUGCAGCUAGUCCAUGCUGUUCUGGAAAUGGAUGGUGUGGAAAUACCACAGACUACUGCAACGCAUCAGUAGGAUGUCAGUCCGCCUAUGGAACUUGCAACAAUGACACAACUACUUCAGGUGGUGGGACUGGAGGAACGAGUACAAAUGGACAGUGUGGGCCUGGCCAGGGAACUUGCGCCUCAAAUGAAUGUUGCUCACUUGCCGGAUUCUGCGGGACCACAGAAGAUUAUUGCGCAGCGCCAGACUGUCAGUUUACCUACGGACCAGCUUGUGAUGCCAACAAAAUCCCUGCUGGAACCAACACAUCGUCGAUUCCGCGAACCCAGCUUGGAUCCGUCCUUUAUGGGUCCGAUGGAAUUUAUGAUUGCGUUAAUCCUGGUGACAUGGCAUUGACAUUCGACGACGGACCAUUUAUCUACACCAGUCACAUCCUUGAUGUACUUGCUCAGUAUAAUGCUUCUGCAACGUUUUUCAUUACUGGUAAUAAUAAUGGAAAGGGCCAAAUCGACAACACGAGUUUGGCUUGGCCCGCACUCAUCCAACGAAUGUAUAACUCGGGUCACCAAGUAGCAUCACAUACCUGGUCUCACCCAGAUCUAUGCAACAUCACCUCCACACAAAGGAAGAACGAAAUGUAUAAAAAUGAGAUGGCUCUCCGCAACAUCUUGGGUGUAAUCCCAACCUAUAUGCGCCCUCCAUACUCAUCAUGCACAGCUGCAUGCGGUUGUGAAGCUGAUCUUUUCGAACUUGGUUAUGUGAUAACUUAUUUCGAUCUCGACACGCAAGACUACCUCAACGAUUCGCCCACCCUAAUCCUGAACUCCGAGUCCAUCUUCGACAAUGCGCUCGCCGGUGCCUCCUCUACGACGGACGAUUUCUUAGUCAUCAGCCACGAUAUCCAUAACCAGACGAGUCAGGUGCUGGUAGAGUAUAUGCUGAAGGGGCUGUUGGGCAAGGGGUAUAAGCCUGUGACUGUGGGGGAGUGCCUGGGCGAUCCGAAAGCGAAUUGGUACCGUAUUGACCCGAGUUCUACUCUUGGAUAAUGUGGUAGGUGGCUGGAAGCGGCGUUUUCGGGUUGGAGAGCCAGGUUACUUUAUACAUGGGAUUUUGGUUAUAUAUCUGGAGUAUUUAUGAAAAGGAAAAGC